AUGGCGGACAACAGCACCAAAUCAGAGGUUAACCGACAUCCAAGAGAUGUUGAAGACAUCGCAGAUGCAAUGCAUCAGGUGCACGGCGAAAAGGACGCCGCCGCCGUGCAUGACGAACUAGUUCGAUCGAAAGCAGGGGGCUACAUACCCCUUACGUCGGAGGAAAAGCAUCAAUCACGUGCAUUGAACCUGAAGUUCGACAUCUUCGUCCUUCCCUUCUGUGUCCUCAUCUACUUGUUGAACGGUCUGGAUCGUUCAAAUCUAGGAAACGCUCAGAUCGGUGGCUUCACAAAAGAUCUUGGGAUCCCUGCAGACACAAUAAACACUGCUACCUCGUUGUUCUUUUGUACUUUCGUCCCUUUGCAGCCUAUUUCUACUGCAAUUGGUAAACGUGUCGGGCAGGCGAGAUGGCUAUCGAUCAUCAGCCUUGGUUGGGGCAUCAUGACCCUUUCCCAUGCAUUUGUCAAAACCAAAGGCCAAGUAAUUGCCGUGCGAUUACUGAUCGGAGUCUUCGAAGCUGGGUUCUAUCCAACAUGCGUCUCAUACCUGGCUACCUUCUACCCUCGAUUUGACCUGGCUUACCGGAUUGCACUGUUUUAUGGAUCAUACGCGGUUGCUGGUGCAUUCGGUGGUCUCAUUGCCUGGGGUGUCUUUCACAUUAAUGGAUCACUCUACAGCUGGCAAUAUCUCUUCAUCAUCGAGGGCGCGAUCACUCUUCUGAUUGCGGUCAUCACGCCAUUCUGGCUUGUCGCUGAGCCAAAGAAGGCAUGGUUCUUGAAGGAACAUGAAAGAGCUUAUGCGGAAAGACGCAUGGUCAUGGAUGCUUCUGCCAAUCUGGAUUCUACUUACAAGAUGACUAAACGAGAUCUUGUUGAGGGAGCGCUUGAUUGGAAGUUGUGGUGCGUCCUACCGUGGAAUGUACUAGCUAGUAUUGCCCCGCAGGGCUUCACGAUCUUCUUUCCGAUCGUUGUGAAGGGUCUGGGAUAUUCCGGUGCCAAAGCCAAUCUGAUGACAGUACCCCCUUACGUUGUUGGAACAGUGGUCUUACUUGUCGUUGCCGCCUCGUCAGAUCACUUCCACGAAAGAACAAUACAUAUCCUCAGUGGCAUCACAGUGGUUAUAAUUGGUCUGAUCCUGGUGAUUGUUCUGCCGCUAGAAAACACUCACGCUCGGUACGGAGGAUUGGUCAUCUUACUUGCCGGGACAUUCGUGGCUGCUCCAAUCACUGUUGCAUGGCUAGCAGGAAAUACGCCAGAACCUGGUAAGAGGACCCUUGUUCUUGGUAUCAACGGCUGGGGGAAUCUUGGUGGUAUUAUUGGGAGUGAACUUUACAAACCCAAAUACGGGCCUGACUACCACUUCCCACUGAAGGUCACUGUGGGUUUGAUCGGUGUUGCGUGGCUGGGCUACGCAGCCUAUCACUUCGAAUUGCGCUUUGCCAACAAUCUCAAGGCACGUAAAAUAGCUCAGAUGACGCACGAGGAAAUCGAAGAAGAGAGCCGAAGUGAUAAACGAUAUGCGGACCGGAAAUAUACAUUUGUGUAUUCGCUAUAG